GCCUCUCCUACGCGAUGUCGCGUUUGCGCCGCCCGCCCCUCUUACCACUUUACACCACGGUCCUGAUCGUAACUCCUUGUACUCUCUGAGACAAUCAAUCCAUAGGAACUCGCUUGUGCGACACUGUCCAAGCAGUUCAAGAGCGACAGUACGCGCGUCUACCAGCAACGACAGCCAUGUCCCGAUCACACAUUAUCCAGGCUGAACCGAUUGACGAUGGUUUGGAUACCUUUCGCCGAUUUUUGAAAGCAAACCAUGGGGAUAUUAGCGCGGCCAGCGUCUCGCAUCUUCCAAGCCAAGGACUGGACGAACUUGCUGUAUACCUCAUCAGGGUGUUGCAGUCCUUGCCCGCUGCUCGGUCACUUCCAUCCAUUGCUGGUCGCGGUACCCUUCGUAGUGAUCUUCUACGACUUGAGCUCUCGACUGAGUCUGACGACUUCGACCUUACACGUAUCAUCCCCCUCCUUCGCGCCGUCCUCAAUGACGAAUCCGAUGAUAUUAUUUGGGACAAAGUUUACGACGCCGUGACGGAACCGACUCCACCUCCUCGCCCUCCUUUGUCUAUCCUACAAACGCCGUGGCUGCGCAGCACGGGUAGCUUCGCCAACUCGACCGAACACCGCAAAUACGUAGACGAGGUGCUAAAGGAGGAGCUAGGGCCUAUGUACGUGGGUAUACCUGGUUUCUUCGAGGCUUUCUUUGGGGAAGUCGCAGACCUCCAGCCGGCAACACAGGCCGUAUUCAAAAGGUGCUGCGAAGGGGAUAAUCCGCUCUACCAAGAGGAAAGCGGCUGGCAGGGUUGGCCUGAGGAAGCGAAGGAGCGAGAUGUCCUGCGCUGGUUUGCAGAAAUAACGGGCCAACUCUCGGACUGGGCGGCAGAGCACCGGCCAGCCUCCAAGGCUCGUCGGCGACCGCUGGCACAGCCGCACCAGCCGUUGCAAGGCUCUCGGGCUGACCGCAAGUUGGAUAUUGGCUUUGUGGACGACCCGAGCGCCGGCGCGGACUCUAAAUACCACUGGAAGCAGAUUCUCGUACCGGGAGAACUUAAGAGCAACCCAGCGGCCGACGUAGCCUCCAAAGCAUGGCUCGACCUCGGACGAUACGCCCGAGAGGUCCUCGCCGCUCAGGACAAUCGCCGCUUCGUUCCCGGCUUCACGCUGUGUGGAUCCCGCAUGCGGCUGUGGAACUUCGAUCGACUUGGAGGGAUCGCCUCCUCGCAGUUUGACAUCAAUAAAGAUGGGCUACAGUUCGUUUCCGCUGUGCUCGGGUUCCUAUGGCUGAACGAGGAACAGCUUGGGUUCGACCCAACCAUCAUCACAGCCGGGGGCAAGCGGUACAUCGAGAUCGAACGACACGACCGUCCAGAGCGCCUCAUCCUUGACAAGGUCAUAAAACGCGUGCCUUGUGUUGCCGGUCGAGCCACAACCUGUUGGAAAGCCUAUCGCGAAGGGGAUGAGUCGCGGGCACCCCUCGUUAUCAAGGACUCGUGGCAGUACCCGGAGCGCGAGGAGGAGGGCGAGUUACUGCGUGAAGCAACCGAGAAGGACGUGGUCAACGUGGCGAGAUACUAUCACCAUGGGACGGUUCGUAUGGGCGACCAGGACGACACCAUCCGUGGGCACGUGCGCCGAGGCCUAGAUGUAACGAAAGCAACAAACUACUUGCCGGAAAGCAAAAUGCGGCCUCCCGGCACGACUGUUCGCUCACUCUCAUGGAAAGGCGGCCAAAGCAGCAGUGCCGCCGGACGGAAGCGAUCCUCGAGCUGCACGAACGCACCCUUACCACCCAGCAAGCGAACCUGUUCAAGCUCUCCUGUAAAAAGUGGGAGGGCGACGGCGGAUCGAGUGCACCGUCGCGUUAUUAUCCGAGACUACGGGAAGCCUAUAUACAUGGCGAGUACCAAGACUAGCCUUCUGGCUGCUAUGGAAGGCUGCAUCGCAGGACAUGAGUCACUGCAUACGCGGGCUGGCAUGCUUCAAUGCGAUAUCUCGCCGAACAACCUGAUGGUGAAUGAGGACGAGGGAAACCCCUCCUGGCACUCGUUCUUGAUCGAUCUAGAUCUUGCUAUUAAGGAGGAUCGCGAGAAACCGUCCGGGGCGCGAGGGAAGACCGGCACACGGGCGUUCAUGGCGAUUGGGGUACUUCUAGACGACGAGCUACACUCCUUCAUGCACGAUCUAGAAUCAUUUUUCUGGGUGCUCUUCUGGAUAUGCAUUCACUACGAUGGACCAUCCCAGCAGAGAAUUGUUCCGCGAUUUGACAAGUGGAAUUACCUAGACGCGGAAGAACUUGCUGCUUCAAAAAAGGGCGUCGUGGAUGAUGAGCGGGAUUUCCUCAAGACUGCGAAAGAAAACUUCACGCCGUACUACCAGCCACUGAUCCCUUGCGUAAACGGGUUACGGAGAAAGGUAUUCCCUGGAGGCGGCAGGUGGAGGGACCCGAAUCCAAAGCUGUACGAUGAGAUGAAAAAGAUACUUUCGACAGUACGGGAUGAGUUAAAUCGGGCAAAAGGUUAGAGCUCCAUUUUCCAUGAGCUAGGGGAGCCUCCCAUAUUCAGGACUGCACCGAUUCCUAUCAAUAUGACACUUUUUGUAUUAGUCAGCCUUACGAUUUGUUUCUCAGUCGGACCUAUACUGGGUAGCACGCUCACUUACCUCGAUAUCGAAAAUAUUUCCGAGUACGACUACCAUUGGGAGAGGAUUGCGGGAGUUGUUGUCGGCAUUUGUUCAACAGGUCUAGUGAUCAUUGGCAUUACUGCAAUCGCGACUGAACCCUAUUUAACAAAGGAGGUGUGCUACUGGCUUGACGCGGUCAUUAUGUGCAAUCUCGAGCUUCUCACCAGCAACAAUGUCAGCCAUUCUGCCUGCCUUUAUUGCUUGUUGCCUACUAACAGGAACCUUAGCUCGCCCGAUUACUAC